GCCUUCACCAGGAUAGACUGCUAAGGCGAUUCACACAGAUCUCCACUACUGGAAUGAAUUCUAGUACAAAGCAGUGAAUUGAUUGACUCUCGCACAACCAAUUCACCACUAUCAAUCAAGGAAGCUCUCUUAACCUAAUCAGAUUCUGUCUAUCAUAGGUUAAGGCAGAAAUCAAGAGAAUUUGAUCAAGAUUCAAUUAACUCAAUAAGUCGUGCAUCAAUCGAUUAUAAUCAAACAAUAUAACAUCCAAAACUUCAUACAAGAAAGAUCCUAACACAUGGAACUAGGGUUCCUCAAAACCUAAGUGAAGGGAAGUUACUCCAUAGAGAAGAGAGAGACUGCAGAAAUCUGAUCUAGAUCUUCAAUCUCCAUCUCCAAGCUUGAUUCCCGAGCUCCAAUGGCGAAGAAAUCCUCCAAAAUAGCUCCAAGAAUGUUCCCAAGUCGCACUCUCUCUCUAGGGUUCGUCCCUUGGGUGUUUGGGAACCAAAACCCAGCUCUCCCUUUCCUUUAGCUUGAAUCUGCCUCAAAAACCCGAUUCUGGGAAAAACACGGUCGAGGACACGGCCGUGUUUUACUUUUGAUCGCCCGUGUUUUACCUCCAACAGCCCUCACAACACGCUCUCGGCAGUAAAAAGACUAGCGGGGGCCAGAUAAAACACGGCCAUGUUUUUAGGGUAGUCUGCCCGUGUUUUUACUAUCGAACUUGUUCCCUUAUAUUCAAUGCUUCGUUUCUCCCUCGUCCGGACUCCGAAUCAGUCGUCGUUUGAUCCCAGAUGCUCGUAGUCUCGUCCUCUUUCUUUUCAUGACAAGCUUGAAUGAUUAUUUUUCCAUAAAUGAGGCAGAAAUCCAUUCUUCUUCAGGUCAUGCCCGAGUUUCUUCUCCCAAAUCGCCAAUUGAUCUCUUAUUGACUUGAAACUUGCGCCUAUGCUUCAUUUUACAUGCUAGGACCUGAAAUGUGACAAAGGAACACAACCUAGUGUAAAAUAGGCCAAAAAGAGAUAAUUCAAGCUUAAACGAUCAAGAAGUAGAGGGAAAAACAUUUGCAAAUAUCGAGUCAUCAAUGAGCCCAUUGUGCCCCCAGUUGAGCCCCCACGGAGGAGUAAGAAAAGAGCCCAGCCAAACAUUGAAAAACUUCGUCCGACUCAGCAAACACAACUGCCUGGCCCAUGGCCAGAUCAUGAGUGGUCAACUACAAUGGAAGGCGCUCCAGGAUCGUCAAGUUAUGCCCCGCAACAGGAAUAUGACAUGUUUCCUCAAGGGUUCCCUCAUUUCCACCAUCAGCAACAGACCCCGAUUUUUCAGACACCGCCUCCUCAGCCCACAUCUUCUACCUACUACCACUCUUCUGGUCCAUCUCAGCCAUUUGUGCCUCCACCGCCUACCUAUACUCCGGUCGGAAGUUGGGUUAAGAGGAAUCCGCAAGCAGUCGUCCAACAGGCGCGCGAAGAAGCAGGAGGCAGAGAAGGCGGAAGAAGGGGUAGAGGUCGCCGUGGAGGAUAAGGAUGAGGGAGAUAAAAUGAAGGAGACCAGUGAACUAUCCAUUUGAUCUUUGUUUAUUUAUGUCUUGUGUGUUUUCAUUAAACUAUCCAUGUCGUCUUAUUCUCUAUUGUGUGUUUUCAUUAAACUAUCCAUGUCGUCUAAUUCUCUAUUGUGUGUUUUCAUUAAACUAUCCAUUGUCGAGUUAUGUCAUGUGCUCUAUUGUGUGUUUUCGACAAACUACCAUGGUUAGUUAUGCCAUGUUUGUUUUCGUUACACUAUCCAUGUCGUUUACAAAUGUCUUGUGUACCAAGUCAAAGCACAAAUCCAUCAUCAUUACAAUCACUCAACAAGAUUAAUACUAGAACUCCAACUUAAACACCAUUACAACAAAAUCACUCGAACAUACAAGGAACUCAUGGUUGGUUCGGAUUUGUGCCUGAAUCUUGCUCGAUAGGUGGACCUGGGCAACGCCUCUUGUCAUGUCCCUGUUGUCUACAUUUUGAGCAACGCUUAGGACCUCGCCUGGAACGUUGUGAUUGAUCCAUCUCAUUGUGAAUCCUUCCGUUUCUAGGGACGACCCUUGGUGCGCUUUAAGUGCAACGGUGGGAUUAUCAACUUUCCGUUGUCUACAUGCUAAUAAGCUUCAUCUGGAAGGGGGGUGAAACUGCACAAGUACGAGUUCUUGAUCGCUUGUUCGGUGAAUUAAGGACUCACCAAACUGUAAGGGCUGAGGGUUAUUGACAUAGAUACUGCCAUUUCAUGUGAACACGGGAUUCUUGUGUUUUGGUACUUUUGGCAUGUACAUUCACCGAUGCGAGUUUCUACGUGUAGAGUAAUAGAUUGACAAUUGUGCC